AUGGCCGACAAAACGGCGUCAAAGACUCAGCUUCCUGUCUGGGAGUCCCGGUCGUCACAGAUGCCCGAGCUGCCGUCGUUAAGCGUACUCAUAUUGAGCUCCGGCAGGCGGAAGUCGCUGGUUCGGACAGUGUUGUGUGCAACCCUCUUGAUCUUGUUCUUGCACCUCUCCAGGUCACCUUCAGUAACUGGUCGGUACACACGUGGAAGCAAUCAGAUCGACCACGUCUACAACACUACACUGGGAUUUCAGAGAAUCUUCGCCAUCAAUCUCCCGCAGCGGACUGACAAGAGGGAUCUGAACACCAUCGCCGCCUCGUUCGCGGGCUUUCAGGUCGAUUAUCUUCCCGGCGUCAAGGUCGAGGAAGUCAUCGAGAAAGCUGCGCCGUGGAAUUGGGAUUAUGAUGUGCAGACGCCAGGCGCUCUCGGAUGCUGGAGAGCACACAUGAAUGUUCUCCAGAAGAUCGUCGCCGAGCGGAUCCAGACGGCCAUGAUCCUCGAAGACGACGCAGACUGGUCUCCGUUCAUCAAGGACCAAUUAUUCGAGCUUGCAACUGGGGCUCGUGCGUUGCAGGAAUCCUCAGAUUCGGCACCGUCACCGUACGGGCAUGACUGGGACUUGCUCUGGCUGGGGCACAACCGGAUUGGGCCCACUAACGACGAACAAAACAUCUGGGUCAUUGAUCACGACUUCACGGUCCCCCCUCUGCAACACCGCAACUCCCGAUGGCGGCAGUCACACGUUCCCGAAGACGCGCUGCGCAACGACACGCGGCUGUUCUUCAAGGCCUAUGCUGGCAUGUGCUUGUAUGGGUACGCCGUCACCUACGAGGGUGCGCGCAAAAUGUUAUCGUCGAUGUCGGCGCAGCCUCGCAACCAGCCGGUGGACCAGAGCGUGUCGGACAUGUGCCGCGGCAAGAUGGCCAAGGGCUUCGAUUGUUACGGCGUCUGGCCGCCCUUGAUCUCGACACAUCGCUCGGCAGGAUACAAGUCCCAGGAUUCCGACAUCAACGUCAAUGCGAGGAUUGGCUGGCACCAGGAAUAUACCUUCGACAUUCCCUUCAGCACCAUGAUUAAUAUUCCUCGGCUAGCCAAUGGUGCUGCCUCCGUCGUAUCACAGUGGCCCGACACAGAAAUCCAGGAAGCCCCGUUCAACCCGGCCUUUAGACGUCCAUCUCAUGGCUAUCUCAAGAAUAUCAACUUUGGGGCUCUUCCUAUGCGGGACGCAUCCAUCACGAUAUGA